CAAACGCGUGCGCACGUUUUUGUAACGAUUCAUAACGAUUGUAACCUUCUUGUGCUACAGUGUAUGUAAAAUAGCGCAAAACUCGCAAAAUCGUUUUGUCGCAGAUCGGAGUAAAAUUAUAUUUUAUUUCGGUGAGUGUUCAUUACUUGUCAUUCACGGAUUUUUACGGACAGAAAUUAUAGAUGGGGAGAUUCGAGACAAACAGCGCAGUGUGUGAACACGUCAGUCAAAGAGGUUAUUUUGCCUGACUAGGGAGAAACGUCAGCCUGAAGGUUUCCUGCAUUUAAGUUUUCUUCGUUCUGCCUAAAUUCGGUUCUGCCAACCGCGUUGAACAUCAUGCCGACUGAUGACGAGGAUCAACAGCAGCAAGGGGAAGAGAAACCGUUCGCUGUGGAGCGCGCGAAAACCGGCCGUGCGAAAUGCAAAAAGUGCAAAUGUCCGAUUGAAAAGGACGAGAUACGUAUCGCCAAGUAUGUGGCGAGUUUCUUCUCGGACGGCAAACUGAUGCCAGCCUGGCACCACGUCAUUUGCCUGUUCGAGGCGUUCGCGAAACAACGCGCCAGCACAAAGAGGAUCGAGGAUCCCGCGGAGGAUAUCAAAGGCUGGGAGCAAUUGUCCGACGAUGACAAGAAGAUUAUCCAGGACAAGUUGGAGGAAUUUGAAAGAUCCUUUCCGACUAAAACACCGAAGAAAGCUGCAACGCCACGUAAAGCGGCUGCCUCUAAUAAUUCUUCGGGAGAAACAGCGAAGAAGACUUCAGAUCAGAAGAGGGUCGCAACAGAUGAUAAAGAAAAAGAUAAGCAGAAGGUUGAUAAGCAGGGAAAGAGCAAAGUCCCGUCGAAGGAUGACUCCUUUCGCGAAUUUCGGCGCGUGUGCAGCAACGUCGCUGACGUCGACGCCUACACUGACAAAACCGCGAUUAUUAAGAGGAUGUUCACGAAAGGAUCACUCGGAGACGGUUUUAAGGGUGACAUCGUGCUCUGGUGUAAACUGUUGCUGCCUGGCGCCGUGAAGAGAAUUUACAAUCUACAGAGCAAACAACUGAUAAAGUUAUUCGCGCGGUUGCUGCUCCAGGACGAGGACGCGAUGCUGGAGCAUUUGGAACAAGGCGACGUAGCCGAGACGAUCAGUGUGUUCUUUGAAAAUAGCGCUGCCGCAUCGCCUUGCGCCGCAAGCGUAUUGACUAUCCAAGAUGUUGAUCUCUUUUUGAAAAACCUAUCGCGUUUGACCAAGGAGGAGGAGCAGAUCCAGCAUUUUCGAUCUAUCCUCGAUAAAUGUACCGCCAAUGAUCUGAAGAUGAUCAUACGUCUGAUUAAGCAUGAUCUGAGGAUUAACGCCGGACCGAAACAUAUGUGGGAUAUACAAGACAACGAACUAAAUAAAGAAUACGAAAGCAAAGCACUUAUAUUUUACUACAUAAUAGGUUUUACUAUUCCAUUACACGCAGAGGCGUGCACGUCCGUGGAAAUGGCGAUGCGAAAGUGUCCGAACGGAAUGUUGUCGGAGGUCAAGUACGACGGCGAGCGUGUGCAGGUGCACAAAAGCGGAAACGACUUUCGAUACUUCAGCAGAUCUCUCAAGCCAGUCCUGCCGCACAAGGUGAAUCUCUUCAAAGAUUAUAUAGCGCAGGCGUUUCCUGAUGGUGACGAUUUAAUUCUCGAUUCCGAAGUUCUCAUGGUCGACAAUGAGACUGGACAACCUUUGCCUUUCGGCACCUUAGGAAUUCACAAAAAAGCCGAAUUCAAAAACGCCAAUGUAUGCCUUUUUGUCUUCGACUGUUUGUAUUACAAUGGCGAAAUACUUAUAGACAAAUCUAUGCUGGAGCGCAGGAACAUUUUGAAGGACAGAAUGACGGAGAUACCGAAUAGAAUAACGUUGUCGGAGGUUCACGAAGUGCAUGAUCCGCAAGAUUUAGCGGGAAGGAUUGUCCAUGUAUUGAAACUGGGUCUUGAAGGUUUGGUCCUGAAAGACAUCGAUAGCAAAUACGAGCCGGGAAAGAGGCAUUGGUUGAAGGUAAAAAAGGAUUAUCUGUGCGGUGGUGCGAUGGCUGAUAGCGCAGAUCUCGUCGUGCUUGGUGCAUGGUACGGCACAGGCAACAAAGGUGGCAUGCUAUCGGUUUUCUUAAUGGGCUGCUAUGACGAGAAGCAUGACAAGUGGUUAACUGUUACUAAAGUACACACAGGGCACGAUGAUGCUACCCUGACGAUGCUGCAGGAUCAGCUGGACAUGGUGAAAAUCGGGAAGGAUGUGGAGAGACUACCGAGCUGGUUGCAUGCUAAGAAACCCAUGGUACCGGAUUUCGUGGCGAAGGAUCCUAAGAAGCAGCCGGUAUGGGAGAUAACGGGCGCCGAGUUUACGAACCAAGGGGUGCACACCGCGGACGGCAUCAGCAUCCGAUUUCCGCGUGUCACACGGAUUCGCCACGACAAGGACUGGUCGACAGCCACCACCCUGGACGAGUUGCGUGUUCUCUUCAAAAGGAAGCCCGAGUCUGUUGAUUUCGGCCGUUUGCUCGAUACGUUAACUGAUGUAAAGACUUCUCUGAGGAAGAAAUCGUUCGAUCCCACAAAGAACACAUCGCCGAAGAAGAUCGAGAGUUCGAGAACGAACUUCUGGGACGAGCCAUCGACGAGCUCUAGGGCUAAGAAGGAGCUACCGAAAGACAUCAAGGAGGAAUUCGAGGAAAUACCGCUUCAGGAAAGAACUCUCAAAAGACGAAAAGGGAAUGACUGCGACAAAGAAUCGUUCGAUAAAGUCCGGUUGGAAAAGAAGAAAUUGAAACGUGAGAUUAAGGGAAAAACAGAGAAUUCCUCGUCAACAAAAUUAAAAAAAGAAGAAAAAUCGAAUUCGAGGAUGGAAGGAUCUUUCGAUUCCUUGUUUGAUGCGAGUUCUAUUGAUUCGAACGGUGAAGUUAAAAAAUUCAGUAAUGUGCUGCAAGAGGUGCGAGCGAGUCUCGCGCCUGAUUUCGACACGAGCAGAAAGAAGGACACGCGAAGGAAGCUUAAAACACUCGGCGCCACGAUAGUUACGCUGGCGAACGGACACGAUUCGACGGCAACCCACGUCAUCCACACCCGCGCGGAAAUUCCGUCCUCGGCUAUCCUCGGGGAGUACGCGGUCUUCCCGCGGACCGUCAGGCACGUGAACGUCUCUUGGCUGGAGGAAACCGCCGCGCAGUCCAGGAGGCAGGAUGAAGUCCGACACGCGGUCCAACUGGCCGGCGAUUAUUGUGAUUGCCCAUGCACGCAUCGUUAACGCAACAAAUACAUACA